UUUUGAAGAGAAACGAAAAUAUUACACCAACCCAAACAACUCGAUAAAAAACAUCGGCCAGUCUGUGUUUCCAGCUGCUGGUGUAGCCAACCAUCACAAUGGCUUAUAACGGAAAUAAUGAGUAUGACAGUCACAGGCUUCAAGACAUGCCUGCUGGCAGCACGUAUCAUCUGCCUCCUCACGACCAAGACGAAGAUGAAUCGCAACGCCAUCUCCUAGGCCAAACUCCUGGUCUACACUACGAGCAAGAUCGGUUGGGCGCAGAUACUCCCCCUGCCCGUCCCGUUUCUGCUUAUAGUUUGACCGAGUCUUAUGCGACUACCGCACCUCCUGUUACCCAGUCGCCUGCACCCCAAUAUGAUGGUGAGUACGGGGGAGGAUUUGGCGGGCAUCAGCUUCAGGACACUGGUUUUGGCUACGGCAGACCAGCAUCCACUGUCGACACCGAUGAAAGCUGGCUACGCCGUCAGCAACCUGGCGGCAACGGCGGCGGUUUAAAGCGUUAUGCCACGCGAAAGGUUAAAUUGGUGCAAGGUUCAGUCCUGAGCGUCGAUUACCCCGUGCCUAGUGCUAUCAAGAAUGCCGUACAAGCCAAGUACCGUGAUGCUGAGAGCGGUACUGGAGAGUUCGUCAAUAUGCGAUAUACGGCUGCGACCUGCGAUCCUAACGACUUCACCCUGAAAAAUGGCUACGAUCUUCGACCUAGAAUGUAUAACAGACACACGGAGCUGUUGAUUGCCAUCACAUACUACAACGAAGACAAGCAGCUGUUUUCUCGAACUCUCCACGGUGCUAUGCAAAACAUUCGUGACAUUGUCAACCUCAAGAAGUCCACCUUUUGGAACAAGGGCGGUCCUGCCUGGCAAAAGAUUGUCGUCUGUUUCGUUUUCGACGGUAUUGGCAACGCGGAUAAGGAAACACUCGACGUCUUGGCCACCAUUGGUGUCUUCCAGGACGGUGUUCUGAAGAAGGAAGUCAGCGGCAAGGAGACGGUCGCGCAUAUCUUCGAAUACACUACUCAGCUGUCGGUGACGCCCAACCAGCAGCUCAUUAGACCGAUGGAUGACAGCCCCCAAACCCUCCCACCCGUUCAGAUGAUUUUCUGCCUGAAGCAGAAGAACACCAAGAAGAUCAACUCCCAUCGUUGGCUUUUCAAUGCCUUCGGCCGAAUUUUAAACCCCGAAGUGUGCAUUCUGCUCGAUGCUGGUACUAAGCCCGGCACCAAGUCGCUUCUUGCACUCUGGGAAGGUUUCUACAACGAUAAGGAUCUAGGUGGUGCUUGUGGUGAAAUUCACGCCAUGUUGGGUAAGGGUGGCAAGAAGCUGAUGAACCCUCUUGUCGCUGUCCAGAACUUCGAGUACAAAAUCUCGAACAUUCUCGAUAAGCCCCUGGAGAGUUCUUUUGGUUAUGUGUCUGUGUUGCCCGGUGCUUUCUCCGCAUACAGAUUCCGAGCCAUCAUGGGCCGACCUCUAGAGCAGUACUUCCACGGUGAUCACACUCUCUCCAAGAUUCUCGGUAAGAAGGGUAUCGAGGGUAUGAACAUUUUCAAGAAGAACAUGUUCUUAGCUGAGGAUCGUAUCCUCUGUUUCGAACUUGUUGCCAAAGCUGGCUCCAAGUGGCAUCUGACGUACAUCAAGGCUGCCAAGGGUGAGACGGAUGUGCCCGAAGGAGCACCCGAAUUUAUCAGCCAGCGACGACGUUGGCUUAACGGUUCGUUCGCUGCCUCGCUUUACUCCUUGAUGCACUUCGGCCGCAUGUACAAGAGUGGCCACAACAUUCUGCGCAUGUUCUUCUUCCACGUCCAACUCAUCUACAACUUUGCCAAUCUGUUAUUCACUUGGUUCAGUUUGGCAUCGUACUACUUGACCACCACUGUUAUCAUGGAACUUGUCGGAACCCCUGUGGAAGCCAGCAAUACCUCGGCAGAGCGACACGGAUGGCCUUUCGGUGAUACUGCUUCUCCGAUCAUCAAUGCCAUUCUCCAGUAUCUGUACAUUGCCUUCCUUAUCCUCCAGUUCGUCCUAGCCUUGGGUAACCGUCCUAAGGGUUCCAAGUGGACUUACAUCAUAUCGUUCGGUGUGUUCGGCUUCAUCCAGCUCUACAUCCUCAUCCUCUCUGGUUACUUGGUCAUCUCUGCCUUCCAGCCUCAGAACUUGCCUACUGGACAGAAUGCUGGUGAUGCUCUCAAGGCAAUGUUUACUGGCCAGUCCGAGAUAGCAAUUAUUAUUCUGGCACUGCUUGCGACAUUCGGUUUGUACUACAUCGCCUCGUUCAUGUACUUGGACCCGUGGCACAUGUUCCACUCCUUCCCGGCCUACAUGGUUCUUAUGUCGACGUAUAUCAACAUUCUGAUGGUUUACGCCUUCAACAAUUGGCACGAUGUGUCGUGGGGUACCAAGGGAUCAGACAAAGCUGAAGCGCUGCCUGCCGCGCAGAUUGUAAAGGAUGAAAAGGGUGAGGCUGCCAUCGAAGAAAUCGACAAGCCUCAGGAAGAUAUCGACAGCCAGUUCGAAGCGACCGUCAAGCGAGCCUUGACUCCUUUCAAGCCGGAGGAGGAAGUGGAGAGCAAGGAUCUCGAGGAUUCGUACAAGUCUUUCAGAACGUCGCUGGUCAUCAUGUGGCUGUUCUCGAACUGUGCUCUCAUCGUUGGUGUGACCAGUACCAGGUUGUCGACAUUCGGUAUCGAGGGUACGACAUCGGACCGCACGGCGCAGUUCUUCAAGUUCCUACUUAUCUGCACUGCCAUCCUGUCUUUGGUCCGUUUCAUCGGCUGCUGCUGGUUCUUGGGCCGAACCGGAAUCAUGUGCUGCUUUGCCAGACGGUAAACAGGCUUAUGAGGUGGCGUUCUUGGGUUAUCUAAGAAAUUAUACCCCCAAAAAUGGCACGUGUGUACAUACGUGGCCCAUCU